UUUAAUAAUCAAUUUUUCAUUACGAAUCGGAGAUGACUCUUCAGCUGAUUCAUUGAGAAGAUCCAACACAAAGUAACGAUUCGUUCAAGAAUCAGACAGGAUAUGCAAAACCUGAGGCAUUAAGCAAAUAUUUAAAAAUAAACAUUUUGGGAAGCUUGUGCAUAUUAAGUGCAUGGUUGUACAAGAUAUCUCAAUACCGAAAAAAAGGAAAGCAUGAUUAGAGUGACAUUUUUUCAGUUUUCCUCUAAAGCAUAUGAAAUAUUAACAUUGCAAGCAUUAAAAGUCUCAGUAAACGUUGAUCGCACCACGAACAUAAAGAUCUGGUCUUGCUGAGUGUGCGCGGCCGAUCUUUAUUACAUACAGAUCAGAUCAAAGCGCGCCGCCCUUGAACGCGCAGGAGCGCGCGGGCAGAUUAAUGUAGGAUUUGAGCACCUGACUAAGUAACGGGAAACUGCUGAUCACUGGAUGAACGCGCACUGGAACCUUUUAAUUUAAUUGCUGAAUGGAUUAUUGAACCGUAAUUCUUACUUUUGCAUUGCUGUCCCUUUUAAAGUUAAAGAAGAUGGACUGAACCAAAAGUGAUUUAAUUGGCAGUGCUUUGUAAUGAUCUUGUAAUGUUUCCGAAGGAUGUUCACCAAGAGUCACAAUGAGCUGUCAAACUGUUAACCUGUAAAUUUAGGCUACUGUGCCUUUUAAAUAUAGCUAUUGAACCAAACUGACUAGAAACAAAAGAGAUGAACUGAAUAUUUGACUUGUACUAAAGGUCGUUUUAUGAGCUUAGCUGCGGCCGUCUGUCAAUGUCAGGUCACCGUUUUGUUUUGUGCCCUUCGACAUCAUUUGCAAAGGUUACAGAAUACAACAGUUCGUCGUUUUGUUGAACAUGAGAAAAUCUUUUUUUAAACGAGCAAAGGUAUUGCCUUGGAUCAGUAAUGUGACUCUGUACGGAUGCCUGUUCGCCGGUGGGGAUUUCGUCCAUCAGUGCAUCGCGCAGAGAGAUGAGAUGGACUGGAGGCACACGAGAAACGUGGCGAUUGUUGCUCUGAGUUUCCAAGGUAACUUCAAUUACUUCUGGUUACGAGCCUUAGAACAUCGUUUCCCGGGAAGAUCUGCUAGUAUGAUUCUCCGCAAACUGCUUUUGGACCAAACUUUUGCUUCACCUUUGGCGACCAGUGUCUUCUACACAGGUGUGAGUUUCUUAGAGGGCAAAGAGGACAUAUUUGCAGACUGGCGAGAAAAGUUUUUUAAUACAUACAAGACUGGACUAAUGUACUGGCCAUUCAUGCAGUUUCUGAAUUUUGUUCUGAUGCCUCUCUAUCUGAGGACAGCAUUUAUGGGCUGUUCAGCAUUCCUGUGGGCCACGUUCUUAUGUUUCUCACGGCAGAGUGGGGAUGGGACAGCAGCAGUGGCCUUAGCUUGGGUCAUGGCCCCCAAAAAACGGCUUCUACCUCGCAGUACCGACGAGGAGAAAUAGAGAUACAGUGGCGCACAUGAACAACUUUGUGCCUUUGCGGUUGGACAGUUGUGUCCCACAAUGGUACUGUAUUGAGGCUGUGUUUAUAAAUCUUGUCACAUUAUGAUCUUAUUAAAAGUUAUAUUAAAUUAACUUAUAACUAAUGUGUGCACACAUUUUAUUUAUAUUUAUGCUAAAAAAACACUUUAUUUUGUAUAGCUUUACGUUUUAUGUUAUUCAGUUUGUUUAUAUGGAAGGGAAAUGAAUUGUGUCUUUAUAAAUUUUACUGCAUAGUGUUGCUGCGUGGUUUGGAGGGGUCUUGUGACAUUUAUGCCUCAGUUCCCCUCAGUCCCUUGAUCCAGCUCUGACAUUAGGUUGCCAUUUAACCCAAAUACCUUAUUAAUUUAUUGAAAAAUGAAAAAAGGGACACUAUGCAGUGUUUUUUUCAAACAUGACUAUCUUUCCAAAGAGAAACUUUGCAUAACAUGCACAUUUAUUCAUAAGGGAUGCAGUGAUCGAAAGAUUUGUAUAUUAUUAAAAAUAUUUAUUGUGAUUAUAUAUUGCUUUCUGCAGUUUACACAAUGUAUUUUAGUUAGAUCAGAUUGUUUGUAGAUGAGUUGUAAAGUUUCUGUUUUAUGAAAAAGUGUAUGUGAGAGGUGAGGUAUUUAACCAUGUAGAAUUGUGAAACGCAGCAGCUUAAUGUAGAUUUUAUGAGAUAUUGAGGGUGAUGCUGGGUAACAGAUAAACAGCUUUUCCGGUACUGAUUGUCUGUGAUGGAUUAGGCAGGAUCACACACUUGCUAAUCUUGGAAGGGCAAAAAUGUCUGCUGUGCGCGCUCUGUCUUCUAUGCAUGACCUCUGAUAACAGUUGACAGAAAUCCUCUAUUAGGUACAUGUAUGUCAUGACUUUGGCAUAUUACAGUAGUCAAAAUUUGAAGUGGAUCAAAAAAGUUAAUCAAAAUUGUCCUAAGAACUAAGUUGUCCUAAGCGGAAAGUUUAAGGACAACAUUUAGGACAAUGCUUUUUUAUUUUGGUUUUAAAAUGGAUGAUAUUUUAGACAAAUUAAGAAGGGUGUGAAUAAACAUUAAAAGUGUUUCA